AUGUCGUUCUUCAAACCUCCCUCCAAAGCCCGAGAAUCCGUUGGCAUACCACCGCAUCCUCUCCCCAAACGGCGUCCGUCAAAGUCUCCCCUCUGUCUCGGUGGCAUCAGCAUUGGGAGCUCAUGGAGCGAGGUAUUUGGCAAAAACGAAAGUCCAGACUCUCUGCUUGAUGCCUCCUACGCCCUGGGUGGCAAUUUCAUCGACACGUCCAACACCUACAAUGGCGAGGACUCUGAAAGAUUUAUUGGUGAGUGGAUGGAGAAAAGGGGAAUCAGAGACCAGAUGGUUGUUGCGACCAAGUAUUCUGCUGGCUACAAGGCGUACCAGAGAAAUGAACUUCCCUUACAGAGCAACUACACGGGCAAUUCGGCGAAAAGCAUGCACAUCUCUGUGAGAGAUAGUUUGGCAAAACUAAAGACAGAUUACGUUGACAUCCUCUACGUACACUGGUGGGACUUUGCAACAUCCGUGGAAGAAGUCAUGACACAUCUUCACGCCUACGUCAUGGCGAAGCAAGUCUUGUACAUCGGGGUAUCUGAUACUCCAGCCUGGGUGGUUGUCAAGACCAUCCUGCGCAAAUCAACACCUGCCUUGCCCGACCUCAAACAGAAGCAAAGUACCUUUGUGCCUGGCGUACCGCCCCUCGCAGGCGGCCAUCAGGUCGGCUCGUAA